AUGUUUCGAUACGCAUCUGCUCUCGACAAAUUCAUGAUCUUUAUUGCCUGUAUCUGCUCGUUCAUCGUUGGCCUGAUGCAACCACUUACUAUUGUCGUUCUCGGUCUCUUCUUAAAAAAGCUCCAGAAUUCCAAAGACGAUGAUGCAUCAAUUCUGGAUGUUACUCUGGGAAUGAUCCUCAAUUUUGUUUAUAUUGGAAUCGCGGCUCUAGUUGUAUCCUAUACCUCAAAUGCCCUGUGGGUCCUUAGUGGUGAAAAUCAAGCACGUCGAAUUCGUCAAAUGUACGUCCACGCCAUCCUCCGUCAAGACAUGGCCUGGUUUGACAAGGCUGGUGAUGGUUCUCUCAACACCCGUUUAGCCGUUGAUACCCAAAUGAUCCAAGAUGGUAUUUCAGAAAAAUUUGGACUGCUCGUAUCAGCAAUUGCCCAGUUCGUUAUCGGAUUCAUCGUUGCAUUUGCUGUCGGUUGGAAGCUAGCUAUCAUCAUGUUGGCUACAAUGCCUUUAAUGGGUGGAGUCGGAGGUCUAAUGGGAUACUACACCACAAGAUAUACUCUCAAGUCACAAACCGCCUAUGCUGAGGCCGGAUCUAUAGCAGAACAGGUUUUCUCGGGUAUUCGUACUGUCUAUGCCUUUUCUCUCCAAAAUCGAUUUUCUGAUCUUUACAACAUCAAACUCAAGAACGCAAAGGAAAUCGGCGUCAGGCGAGGAAUCAUAUUCGGUGUCGGUAUGGGCGUCUUUAUGUUUCUCCUUUUUGCUACAUAUGGCCUUGCAUUCUGGUAUGGUGCAAAGCUUGUAAUGAGUGGCGAAAUGAUUGGUCCAAUGGUCAUGGUCGUCUUCUUUGCCAUGAUAAUGGGUGCCAUGGCCCUUUUGCAACUACCUCCAAACUUUGCUGCCAUUACCACAGCAAGUGGCGCCGCAUACAAGAUAUUCGAAACUAUCGAACGCAUUCCCGAUAUUGACGCUGAUUCAAUUGAAGGUAUUCAGCCUCCUAAAAUCGUCGGCGAUAUCGAGUUCAAAGAUGUUCAAUUCACUUACCCCACACGCCCCGACGUUCCCAUUCUCAAGUGUCUCAAUCUCAAGAUCCGUUCAGGUCAGACUGUUGCUUUUGUUGGUCCUUCCGGAUCUGGAAAAUCUACUAGUGUCCAGCUUCUUCAACGCUUUUAUGACCCCAUCAAUGGCCAGGUUCUCCUCGAUGGUCACAACCUUAAAUCCUAUAAUGUUGCAUGGUUACGCACACAGAUUGGCGUUGUUAGCCAAGAGCCUGUUCUGUUCAACAUGACUAUCGGACAAAACCUUACCAUGGGUGCAAAUAAGGAGGUUUCCAAGGAAGAAAUGGUCGAAGCCUGCAAGAAAGCCAACUGUCACUCAUUUAUUUCUGAAUUACCCCAAGGCUACAAUACUCUUGUUGGUGAACAUGGUGGUAUGUUGUCUGGCGGACAGAAGCAGCGCAUUGCCAUUGCCCGUGCUAUCCUGAAAAAUCCGUCGAUAUUAUUACUGGAUGAAGCUACUUCUGCUCUUGAUACCCAAUCUGAACGACUAGUCCAGAAGGCGUUAGAUGCAGCUACUGCUAAUCGCACUACAAUUGUCAUUGCCCAUCGUCUUUCUACCAUUCGCAACGCUGACUUGAUUGUUGUUAUGAAGCAAGGCGAUCUCAUCGAACAGGGUACUCACAAUGAAUUGCUUGCCCUUGGUGGUAUUUAUUCCGAGCUCGUUUCCAAGCAACAAAUUGCUACUACCCAAGUUGGGACUACUGAUGAAGAUAUUGAUGAGGAACUUCUUUUAAAACAAGAAACAUUGGCACUCAAAAAGGACCAAGAGGCUCAAAACGAAAUGGGCACAUUCCUGGAAAAGACUAAAUCUACUGCACUUUCUAGAAUCAGCACCAACAUUUCUAUCGAUGCCUAUGAACUCAAGCUUCGCAACGAAAAGGCAAACAAAAAGGCCGUGAUGAAACAGUCUGCACCUGUAAGAAGAGUGGUUGACAUGAUGCGUCCCGAGUGGCAUUUGUUAGCUCUUGGUGUCUGUGGUUCUGCACUUUCUGGUGCUGUCUUUCCUUGCUUUGCACUCGUCUUUUCUCGUACUAUCUCUACACUCACAUUCGAUGGUAAUAUUGCUCCAGGACCUUUCCAAGGUGCCAAUUUGUAUGCCUUUCUCUUUGUUGUCAUUGGUGUCGGUGCAUUUUUUGGAUUUGCAGGUCAAAAUGUGUUUUUCGAACUUGCGGGCGAGCGUUUUACAGAAAGAUUCCGGGGGAUGAUCUUCCGAUCCAUGAUACGGCAAGAAAUUGGGUUUUAUGAUAAUCCUGAAAACAGCCUUGGUGCAUUGACUUCGAGAUUGGCCAUUGACUCCAAAAAUGUAAACGAGAUGGUUACCAAAACAUGGGGUGAUGUUGCGCAGAUUAUUGUCACUGCAAUUACUGGUCUUGCUAUUGCUUUUUCUCAGACCUGGACCUUGACUUUAAUUAUCUGUUGUAUGACUCCCUUUAUUAUGGGCGCCACUGCUUACGAGUCUAAGAUUCAUCGUGGCUUUGAAGAUAAAACCAAGAAGGCUAAUGAACAAAGUGGCGAGGUAGCUGGCGAAGCUAUCAAAGAGAUCCGUACAGUUGCUGCCCUCAACAAGCAAUCUUAUUUUGAAGACAAAUAUUUCAAGGCUACAGAACGUCCUCAUAAGCUUGCUCAACGCAAGGCUCUGACUUCCUCAAUUGGCUACGGCCUUCAGCAGGCAAUUACGCAGUUCACUUACGCUGUUGCAUUCUAUGCCGGUAUCCGCUUGAUGGUCGACAAUAAGAUUGAUUUCCUUCAGAUGUUUACUGCUACACUUACUAUUAUGCUUACUUCCCAAGAAGUCGGUCGGGCGAGUGUAUUCACAGCCACAUUUGCGAAAGCCAAGUUUUCUGCAAUUUCAGCUUUGGAAAUUCUUGACCGUGUUCCGGCUAUCGACCCUGAACUCGAAGGUAUCGAGCCUGCAUCUUCUCAGGUUUCUGGUGACAUUUCGUUUGAAAAUAUCACUUUCCGCUACCCUGCUCGUCCUGAUAUAUCUAUUUUCAACGGUGAAUUUAAUCUUAAAGGAAAGGCUGGUCAGACUAUUGCUCUUGUUGGUCCUUCCGGGUGUGGCAAGUCUACUACCAUCGGUAUGUUACAACGCUGGUAUGAUCCUGUCUCUGGAACUGUCCGUUUUGAUGACACCAACGUCAAGAACUAUUCACUUGGUAAUCUUCGCGGUCAUAUGGCAUUGGUCGGGCAGGAACCUGUCUUGUUUGAUAUGACUAUCGGGGAGAAUAUUCGUUUCGGUGUCGAUGAUUCCAAACCUAUUACUCAGGUAAUGGUUGAAGAUGCUUGCCGUGCUGCCAAUAUCCACACUUUUAUUUCUGGCCUUCCUCUUGGUUAUGAUACUCGCGUCGGUGACAAGGGUUCCCAGCUGUCUGGUGGCCAAAAACAGCGUAUUGCUAUUGCCCGUGCAUUGAUCCGUAAGCCUCGGUUGCUGCUUCUAGACGAAGCAACUUCUGCCUUGGAUUCAGAGUCAGAGAAGCUUGUACAGGCUGCUAUUGAUAAUAUCUUGGAAGAGGGUGGCCGUACUACCAUCACCAUUGCUCAUCGUUUAUCUACAAUUCAAGGGGCUGAUCUUAUCUGUGUUGUCAAGGACGGUCGAGUUGCUGAACAAGGAACACAUUGGGAGUUGCUCAAGUUGAACGGUGCUUACAGUGCUCUUGUUCACCAGCAGUCCCUUAAUUCAAAUUAA